AUGUUAAGGUUUUUAUCACGUUCGGCUAAUGUUAGGUCCAAACAACUACUAAAUCAAUCCAAUAGCAUCAUCAUACGUGGGUUACAACAAUCGACAAGAAUAAGGCAUGCUACAGUUGGUCCAUCCAAAACUCCGUCGGAUCCCAUUCAGUCCAGCUCGGUAGAUGAUUUUUCCAAAUCGAACAUAUUCAUCCAUAGAUUACCCGAAUCAACGGCUGAGCAAUCACCGUUACUAGUUUCAUUACAUAGUAGACUCAAUUUGAGUCCUCAAUUUAAAUUAAGUACUCUUUCACAAUGUCUCAAUAUGGUUAAAACUACAAGUCAGCAGGGGGAAGGGUUAGCAAACAAUUUUGGAUUGAAUACUAUGGGAAAGACAUUGUUGAGUUAUUAUGUGGCUGAAUAUCUUUUGUUACAUUUUCCUAGAUUGCCUAUGAGUAUACACAAUGCUGCUGUUGAUUCAUUAAUGGGAGUGGAGACUUUGUCUGAGAUUGGAAGGUCUACUUUUGGUAUCGAAGUUGAUUCUGUUUCGAAAUUGGAUAGAUUUUUGGGUCAGGAAUCGGAAUUUAUCAAGUAUGGAAGAUUGAGGUUUAUGACUAAUAAUGAGAUCGAAAAUAAGGUGGCAGUGGAUGGAAUUGAGGAAGUUUUGGGAAAUAACGGAAAAAACAGUAUAUUAAAACAAGAAGAUGUAGCUUAUGCAUCAGCAGUGAGAUCAAUAAUUGGUGGAAUAUAUACUCAUUGUGGUGAAGAAGCAGCUAAACAAUUCAUCACCGACCACAUUCUUUCAAGAAAAUUACCAUUGGAAAGCAUGUUUCAAUUUGAUAAACCAAUAGCUGAAUUAAUCAGAUUAUGUGAUAAAUUGGAAUUCAAAGAGCCUGUCAAGAUUAGACUUAUUGCUGAAACAGGUAGAAAAUCAGCUCACCCACAAUUUCUUGCUGGUGUUUUUGUUGGUGCUGAGAAAUUAGGAGAAGGUGUGGGAUCCAGUUUAAAGGAAGCUCAAAUUAGAGCUAGUAUCAAUAGCUUAUUGGCUUAUUAUUUGUACUCACCUAUUAGUGUCGAUGGAAACCAGGUAAAAGUGCCAAGUGAUGAAGGUUACAAGUUUGAAGGAGUUGUCGAUGGUGGAGAAGUUGCUAUAUAA